CGUUCGAAACACGUCGCUGCCUACCUGUCCGUCUGUCUGUCUGUCGCAACGACCUCUUCGCCGCUACAUCUUCGCGCCAGUCGUCGCGCUCUUGAUACCGUCGCAUCUCCGUUUUCCGGCCGCUGGAAGAAAACCUCGGGUGAAAGGGAUAUCUCAGUCGCGUCUCUUUGCGACCCUCGCUCUUCAGCCGUGUCAGCGCGCGCGAUCGAGAUCGAUGAUUCGCGCGGCGCGGUAGCGCACGGAUCGCCGCCAUUUUCGAAAUUCGGCUGCCUGCGAAUCGCGAACGUUCGCGCUCCCCCGUCCCCGUCGUCGUCAGCGGUCUUCUCCUCGAGUUCGGGCGUUGAGAUAAAGCGCAGUCGGAUGCGCCUCGUUGGAUGCUGCCGGCGGCGCGCCUGGACGACCUGGAAGGUCUCCGCGGCGGUACCGUGAACGGGUGCUGCUGCACCAGGUAGCACCGGUGACCGCGAUGGACGUCGCGCGGGUGGUCGUCGGUGCUCCGACCGCGGAAGAGACCCCGGCGACGGCGCGAGGUGUCGGGACGCCGUCGCCGGUACCCUCGACGCCGAGCAACCCUGUGACCGCGGCGACCGGUAACGGCGCCGCUGCCGGUGGAGCAGCCGCGACGCUCGCGUCCACAGCCUGCGUCCCGCAGAAUCCUUCGUCCGUCGUCGUGGUGGCCAGCAACCCGUCCAGCAACCAUCAGCAGCCGGCCGGCGUGGUCCCCCCUGUGCCCAGGAUACUCAGCAGGAACGUCAACGGCACACUGGUGCAGACGUCCGUGCCGCAAAACGAGGCCGAGUUGCAACUGUACAGGGUGAUGCAGCGCGCCUCAUUGCUGGGGUACUACGACACACUUCUUGAAAUGGGAGGCGACGACCUGCAGCAGUUGUGCGACGCCGGUGAGGAGGAGUUCCUAGAGAUCAUGGCACUGGUCGGCAUGGCGAGCAAGCCGUUGCACGUCAGGAGGCUUCAGAAAGCCCUGCAAGAGUGGCUCACUAAUCCUUCGAUGUUCCAAGCGCCGGUGGUGCCGACGAACGCCGCCGCCAAGAGUCCGGCCGCCACCGUGAGUUUCGCGUGCGCAAGUCCGCGGCCGCAGAUGCAGAAUCUGCCGGCGGGCUUCACCGCGACCUCGCAGACGUCGUUGACGCCGUACGUAUCGACGCCCCACGUGCCGCUCACGCCGUUGCCCUGCCGAAGCUCCAGCCCGGUCGUGCCGGCGGUCACCAGCGUGUCAACACCGGCGCCCUCGACGACUUUCCGCCAGAGCCCGAGCCCGAACACACCCUUACCCUACACCACUUCGCACAGUCCCAGCGUGCUGCAGGUGGGGACGUGCGAGUCCUCGUGCGGUAGCGGCACGACGCCGAGCCCGAGCGGCGGAGGCGGCGGUGGCGCACCUGCGAGCCCGACACAACCGACGCCGGCCCUUCUGCAGACGCAGGUGCAGCGGCUCGCCGAAGCCGCGGAGAGGCUCGUCGCUACCAUAAGGCCCAUGGAUCCCAAGCCGCACAAUGCGAAGAAAAAAUUCUGCAGGAACUUGGAGAUGGUAAUGACGAUGUCCGACAGUGACCCGCGCAAAAUGGACGAGAUCCGGAAGUACGCGGCAAUUUACGGCAGAUUCGAUUGCAAGAGGAAGCCGGAGAAGCCUCUCACGUUGCACGAGGUGUCCGUGAACGAAGCGGCAGCGCAGAUCUGCAGAUUUAUGCCUGCCCUCCUCACCAGGAGAGACGAGCUGUUCCCGUUGGCGCGUCGUGUCGUUAGGGAUUCCGGCUAUCAUUACUCCAGGAAUCAAUACUUGUCGGUACCGCGAACGCGCGAAAACGGCGAGGAGACCGACGGUGAACGCUCGAAACGCCAGAAGCUCGAGCUGGAGGGUGAGGGUGAGGAAGCGACGCAGGAGGAAUUGGACCUCCGCUGUUCCGGCACGGACAUUAAUAAUUCCAUCACGAGAAGACACAGAUCAUCCAGUCCAGUCUGGAGGAAGAAGAGUAACAACGGCAUGUUUAGCGCCAGCGUGGAAGAGAUCAGCGACUCGGACAGCCAGUUUUCGUUCUCCAACGAGGAGUCUUCGUCUAUGCACGAUACGAACGAGGCGGAGGCCGAUAACACCGACAAGGAAGGUGAUUUCAAUCUAAAGGUAAUAGCCUCGCGUGGAGACAACAUAAUCGCCGUAGCGAAUCCCGCGCUAAUGGAAUGCAGUCAUCCUAUCAAGGAGGAACCGGCGGACGAAAAACCUACACUGUGAUAUUAUUGCUUAGCGUUUACCGCCACCAUUGACGUUACGUCGACGUGAAGGUGCGCCCCUUUCGUCGUCGUCGUCGUUAUCGCGAUCGUUUGAACAAAACAUCCUUAUCUUUUAGUACCGAGCACAAGAACACGCGCGGCAGCGGCUGAGAAUAAGCGGACGAGACUUAUUCGUUAGGAUCGUUAUAAAGUUUUGAGGAGUGGAUCUCGCUCUCUCACCUUUUGUUCGUGCCAGAAAUAUUUGCGUCUAGAGAGAGAGAGAGAGAGAGAGAGAGAGAGAGAGAGACAUACCAGACGCUGCCUGUUAUCUAGUUCUAGAGAUACGGAUCGAGAUACAACCACACGAUAUUGUUUAGCGAUUACGAGCAUUUUUAGGAAACAAUAGAGAAUAAAAGCACAUCGUUUAAAUCAAAAAGGAUCGUCGACUGAAGUACGUAUAGUAUUACAAAGUGUAUAUCGUAAACCGAUGUAAAUACAAGAGUCUUUUUAUGCGUCA